AUGAGAUUUCAGAAAUUAUCCUGUGCAUCCGAAGAGCGUAUCUUGGGAAAUGCUUAUACUUUUAUCAAAGUACCUAAGCUCACAGUGCGAUGGACAAUCUCUAAAGGAACAAUUAGACCUCUAUUAGUACAUAGAAGAUCUAAUGAUGUUUUUGCUGCGGUGCAACCUGCUAUACACUGCGUUGCCAAACGAUGCCCAGAAAAAGUGUUCUUGUGGGGUCGUUUGUACCUUUGCUUCAGCACUUCUGAAGACAAAACCUCGGUUAAAGUUGAGGCUAAAGUUCUUCAAACUGAAGAGAUUAUUGAGAUAAAUGGGGACUUGCUUGUUGCAGCAGAUGGAUGUAUUCAGGUUGCUGUGCCUGGAGAGGAGUUCUUGACUUUUCAGGAAAUGGGAAUUCAGAAUCUUUGGGCAUCCAAAGAGCGUACCCAGAUCCUGGAAAAUGCCAACUUCGAUCUAAACACUGGAAGUCACACUGGGCUUUAUGAACUCCUUAACAAAAGGCUCAAUUGGAUUUGGUAUGUCCAUCAACCUGAGCCUGGACAGAAGGUGAUUGUCUGCUCUUACCCUAUUCUUUAG